AUGUCUUCCUACACGCAGAUUCCCCAGGGCCACCCUGAUCCUGACCUCACUCCUUCCGACAACAACCCACCUCAUGACUCCUCUCUCCGCAUCUACUGGCUCGCGGCUGUUGUCUGCUGCGGGGGGCUCCUCUUUGGCUAUGACUCCGGUGUCAUCGGAGGCGUCCUCACAUUCGACUCCUUCCUUCGCGACUUCCAAUACUCCGCACACGACCAAACCCAAGUUAGUGCCAUUGCCGUCGGCAUCCAACAAGCCGGCGCCCUAGCAGGAUGCCUGCUUAUCUGGCCACUCACAAACCGCCAUGGCCGUCGGCGCGCAAUGAUGCUCUGCUCCUCUGUCUUCUGCCUCGGUGUCCUCUUCGAAAUCAUCAACUCGCACUCCCUACUCAUCUUCUAUAUCGGGCGUAUCAUCUGCGGACUCGGCGUUGGGGGUUCCGCCACCGUUAGCCCUAUAUACCUCGCCGAGAUGAGUCCUAGACACCUCCGUGCCCGUCUCGGCAGCGGGUACCAAUUCACUUUCACCGUCGGAAUCUUCGCCUCAUACUGGAUUGAUUAUGCGCUGCAGUUUCGAGCCCCCACGCCUGCGCAGUGGCAAAUCCCGCUCGCGCUGCAGCUCGUUCCCGGCGCACUCAUGGGACUGGGAAUGCUCUCCCUAACCGACAGUGUGCGCUGGCUUCUGGCAAACGGCCACACCCAUGCAGCAUGGACAAGUCUGCUCUGGAUCCGCGGCGCAGACAAUAAGGGCAAGAGAAGCAACAGCCCCUCAGCGGUAGCGGUAGCAGUAGAAUUCGCCGAAAUGAAACGCGCCGUCGACGACGACAGAACCGCUACCGCAAACUUCCACCCGCGCGAGCUCCUCCUCCGUCCGAACCUGCACCGCAUCGCCCUAGCCGUCUUCCUCUUCGUCGCGCAGCAGGCCACGGGGGCGACGGCACUUGCCUACUUCGGGCCCCAGUUCUUUGGGCUCCUUGUUGGCGCCCCUAAUGCCGGCGCAGGCACAGGAGAGGAGCAGUCAAAAGCAGAAGCAGCAACACAUUCCCUCACCCUCUUUCUAACGGGGAUCUUCGGCGCCCUUAAAGUCCUCAGCUGCCUAUUCUUUCUCAUUUUCGUGGCUGACCGGUUCGGUCGAAAACCCCUUCUUGGACUCGGCGCGCUCGGGAUGGCAGGUUGCAUGAUUUUCACGUCUAUCUUGCUGAAGUCCCAAUCUAUAUCCCCUCCUCCCCCACCAGCUGAAUCAACAACAUCAUCAUCGAUAUCCCCCACAAGCAUAAUAACAAUCCUCCUCAUCUACACCGCAAUAACAGUCUAUAAUCUCUCCUGGGGCCCAUUGCCCUGGCCGCUAACCGCCGAGUUCUUCCCAACGCGUCUCCGCUCCCCGGGCGUGUCUCUAGCAGUCGCAAGCCAGUGGGCGUCGAACUUUAUCUGGUCGUCCUCGACACCCUAUAUACUAAGGGAUCUGGGGUGGGCGACGUUUUUGCUUUUUGGGGUCCUGGACUUGGGUAUUGCGGCGGUUGUUUGGGUUUAUUUGCCAGAGACGAGAGGGCUGAGCCUUGAAGAGGUACAGGGGGUUUUUGAUAGUUAUCGUGGCGUUGAUCAUGAAGGAGAUGACUAUGAGGAGGAGAGGGAGGGGCUUGUCAGGCAGGGGAGCUUUGAGGGCGAGGAGGAUGGUGAGGAAGGUAGGAAGAGUGGUGCUAGUAUGCAUGCUGCUAGACAGACCUAA